AUGGGCGCCGGGGAGGGGGGUAAAAGCAGCGACUCGCUCGGAGCAUUGGAAACGGCGGGAGGACUUGUAGACGCGAGAGGGAGGGAGAGCGGCGAUGGCAAGGAGCGAUCGACUUAUCCUUGCCCCUCGCCCCCUCCCCCAUCCAUUCCCCCUACCCUCCCCCCCAAACUCCUCCCCCUCCUGCAGGCAAUGAAAGCUGGGGGAGGAGCUGGGGACGCGAGAGGGAGGCGGCGAGGGGUGAUGGCGAGGAGCGGUGGCGCGGGGGUGGUUGGGCGGGUGGCGGUGAUGGGCGUGGUGGCGGUGAUGGCGAUGGUGGGGAGCGACGAGGGCCUCACGAAGGGCGGUUGGGCGCAGCGCUGCUUCUGGCGCAGCAGCGGCUGCAGCCGUGGCUUCCUCCCCAUCAUGUUGGCGCACGCUGCUCCUCUUAACCCCAGCCAGUGGCCGGCACUGCGAGACAUGAAGGCGCAGUGGAGCAGUGUGGCGCCUCAGUACACCGACACCUGGAAGGAGGGCGCAAAUUGCGGCAGAACUACCUUCGGCGUCCUCUGUGACGCAGAUGGCUACGUGACGAAACUAGUCCUCAGUGGCGCUCAUUUGAAUGGCCCUUUUCCUCAAGCCGUCACUGACUUCACCAGACUGGUCUUAUUUUAUAUAGACGGGAACUCACUCACGGGCUCUAUUCCAGCAACUAUUUCCAAGCUCAUCUCUCUAGAGGAAUUCAACGCCAGUAGCAACCAGAUCGGUGGGUCCCUGCCUGGGGAAAUCGGCGCUCUCACUGCCCUGAAACAACUGUAUUUGCAAUACAAUCGGUUGGAAGGGUCUAUCCCCACAUCCAUCACCCAGCUGACUGCUCUCACCGUUUGUGAGCUGAGUGGCAACCGCAUCACGGGACCUCUACCAAAAGGCCUUGGAAGUAUCUCGAACCUGGUAGCUUUCCGUGCGUACGACAACCUCAUAUCAGGCCCCCUGCCUACCGCUCUAACAACCUUGACCAAUAUUGGUUCCCUUGAGCUGCAGAACAACAAGCUGAGUGGGCCCGUUCCUGCUGAGCUGGCCUCUGUCACUUCAUUAGGUGUAAUCCGCUUGCAGAACAACACACUCAGUGGCCCCCUUCCGGACCAGUGGACGACUACCAAGCUCAUGACACUGGACAUUAGUUAUAACCAGCUGACUGGCACGAUCCCUUCAACGAUUGGGAGCCUCCCCCAAUUGAGCAGAUUGGAUAUCAGUGAUAACCAGCUGACUGGCACAAUUCCCUCAACAAUUGGGAACCUCUUCGAGCUGCGCACAAUCAACCUGAGGGACAAUCUGCUCACAGGGAAGGUCCUCGAACCCGUGCCACCAGCAAUAAAGACAUACAAGCUGGACAACAACUACUUGAGUCAGGGGUUCUCCUCCCCCCCGCCGUGUGGGCAAGGCUACAUCACAUACCACAGCAACUGUGCAGACGUGCCAGCAGAGGGCCUUGCGUGUGCAGACAGCACUCAGAAGACCGACCCCGUCUGCACUUCCUUCUGCGGCGUCAACGGCACCGCCUCCCCUCCUGUGCCCGCCUGCAACGGCCAUGGUGUGUGCUUCUUGGACGGCCCCAGCAACACGCCCACAUGCCUCUGUGACGAUAACUUCGUGGUUGGGGAGUUCCCUGGCAGCUGCGUGGCCGUGGCAGGUGGUAAGACGGAGCAGCAGCAGACCCCCACAGCAGCCACGCUCACAGCCACUGGCGACGCCGCUGUGGAUGCUGCAACAGCCAUGCUCACUCUCACGCCCGCCCAGCCGUCCAAGGCUGGCAGUGUGUUCCUGGCAGCGCGCGUGCCGCUCUUCUCCUACCAGCUCAUUGGAGACUCCUGCGGCCGCGAGCUCGCCUUUUCCUCCAACUUCUCCUUCACUCUCACCCGCCCUGCUGCCUCCGGCUCCGAAGGCUUUGCCUUUGUGGUGGCCUUUGAUGCCACCCCGCCCUCAACACCGGUGGUGGGCGGUAUGGGGUAUGCGGGGAUGGGAGCGCACAACGUGGCAGUGGAGUUUGACACGUCGAUGGAUGCGGGCAACAGCGACCCUGACAGCAACCACGUGGGCAUCAACACCGGCGGCAAUGUCACGUCGGUGGUCACAGCCAAGCCCAGCACCCCUCUCAAUGACGGCACGCCCAAGCACGUGUGGAUCGACUACGACCCUUCCUCCAGUGGCUCCCUGCGCGUCUUCCUCUCCUCCCAGGCGUCCCCUCGCCCCACCACCCCCCUCCUGUCGGCACGCAUCUCCCUGUGUGAGGAGCUCGCCCCCUCCCCAUCGGAGUACACCUUUGCCAUCGGCUUCACUGCUGCCUCCGCCACCCAGCCUCAAACCCAUGUCGUCUCCGCCUGGACCCUCUCCACCUCCAGCUCCAGCUCGGGCAGUGUUGCUGCUGAGGGUGGCCGGGACGUGUAUGGUGUGCAGCCUGCAGCUUCCUGGGCUAGGCCUGACUUCACAUGGCCUGUCAAGACACAGAGCGCUUGCGGCGACUGCUGGGCGUACGCAGUGGUGGGCAGCGUCGAGGCGGCACUCGGCAUUCUCUCCAACACCUCAGCGGCGCCGGUGCUGUCAGUGGAGCAGCUGAAGGUCGCCAUGAAGGUCGGCUGCUCUGGCAGCACGCCGUCUCAGGCCUUCCAGCUGCUGCUCAAGCUGGCGCAAAAAGGAGGCGGGCUCAUGCCGGAGAGCCAGUGGGCGGUCGAGAAGGUCAAGAAGCCCGCGAAGGCAGGCAGUAGCAGUCCUCUCUGCGCACCGCUCAUGAAGCCAUUGGCCAAGCUAUUUGGUGUGGCGUGCAGCAAGGGUAGUGACAGUCUUCCCGGUGGGUUCCCCAUCAGGGGCUUUGAGUCGACGUCCUUCUACGGCUGGUUUGGGCUGCUGCUGGCCGUGCAGCGGCAGCCAGUGGUGGUGCACAUUGAGGCUUCCGCCUCGUCGUUCAAGAAUUACGAUGGGCUGUACAAGUACCAGGACCCCGAUUGCUUCACGUUCAACCUGAACCACGUGGUGCUGCUGGUGGGGUACCGCCUGGUGGGCAAGGACUCGCGUUUCCCCAAAAUGGCGCCGCCCUUCUGGAUCAUCCGCAACUCAUGGGGGCCUGACUGGGGCGAUGGGGGCCACAUGCGCAUGGACAUCCAGGGGGGGGAUGGUGUGUGCGGCAUCAACUCGCUGCCAGGCCUCUACCCUGUGGUUAGAGGCACCGCUGACCCCUGCAGCAAAGCCGCCCGCAAUGACAGCACUGGUUCGUUUUUCAAUCCCUGCGGCAAGUUCACCUGCAUUGCCAAGGGCAAGACAAACGAGUGUGACUGCAACGACCCGCGCUUUAUCCAAGCAACCAACGCAGAUGGCUCUCGCACAUGCACAUACAAGGACGCAUGCAAGGCAGCUAAGCGCAACCCGUGUGCAGUGGGAACAUGCGUGAAUGACGGGGCGGGGUCAUACUCGUGUGUGUGUCCACCGGGCUUCAGGCAGGGCACCACCGUCUAUAGCACCUUCUCUUGUGCUCCAGGUGACACCAGCAACACCUACACCGUGCUCUCUCCCAACGUCCGCUGCUCCGAUGUCUUCCCGGUCUACAGCCUCACGCUUGCCCAGUUCCAAGCCCAGAACCCAUCUGUGUCGUGUGUGGGACCCAUCCCACCCUCCACCGUACUCAAAGUGGCCAGCCCAGCCUCUCUCAUCCCCUGCUCAGUCUUCUACACCACUCAACAGGGCGACACCUGCGCAGCCUUAGCUGAGUUUUUCAAAGUGCACUUGUCCUGCCCAUCUGAUGACUGCACAGCCGCCUUCCAGGCGCUCAACCCCAGCUUGGACUGCAGCGCCAACGGCGGGCUGCUGCAGCCGGAGCAGGCGGUGUGUGUGGAGCGCAUAAAGAAGAAAGUGGGGCUCAUCCCGGUGUGCUCGCAGUACUACCUGGUGCAGAGCGCAGAGACGUGCGAGUCCAUCCGCAAUGUGCCCUACCCCCCACUGAGCCCCGUUGACUUCUUUCGCCUCAACCCCGGCAUCAAGUGCAACCGCCUCAUUCCAAACACUGAUGUUGGCAGCUUCACUGGCUUUGAGGCAUGCAUUGCGAGCUCCACGUCGUACACUCAGGGCACGUGCCCACGUGCGAAUGCGUAUGUGGUGGGGACAGGCGACAGGUGCACGGCCAUUCAGGUGAAGUACUUCCGGGGCAUCAAGGGCUGCUACAGGAAAGUCAACGGAUAUGACUGCAUCGACAAGCUCAUCAAAUCAACCCGCGUGUGCCUGCCCGACAAAAUCAAGCUUCAGAAAGGAGUCUGCGACAACUGA